AUGGAGAAAGAGAAGUUCCAGCAGAAGGCUCUGAAGCAAACUAAGCAGAAGAAAUCCAAGUCGGCUGAAUUUCUGAUGGUAAAAGAAGAGAGAGCAGCAAUAGAAGGCAUUGAAAAUCCAGCUUUUAACGUCAGCAGCACAGAUCUUUCAGCAUAUCAGCCUUCAAAAGAGAAAGUUACUACACAUGACAAGCCAGAUAGCACCCUUGCAGCUCACCAACAAAAACUCAGGCUGCAAGCCCAUGCUGAACCAAGAGGAAAUGAAUACAGCAGAAAUUACUUUGACCUGUUGAUGGAUGAGGAAAUAAACCCAAGGCAGUGUGGGAUGGAGGUCAGUGAAGAAGAUCCUGUGAAAUUAGAUGAGCAAAUCCUCUAUGAUAAAUUGAUGAAGCUUCUAGAUGAAGAAAACGUAACGCUGGACUUACAAGCCAGUGUUGCCAGUGAGGAUUUUCCAGACUCCGUGAUGCCUGUCAGCUCCAGUAAAGCACAUGACCUUCAAAGGGAGCUUGAAGAUGAAGAGAUUCCUUCAUAUAUCGAACAGUUUGAGAGAGAUGUUCAGGAUGACAUAAUUCUGCUUGGCAGCUUUUCACUGGAACAGCACCGCAAGAGGGUCUCUCACCAUGAGAAACAAAAGUUGAGAGCCAGGAUUCAUGAACUUUGUCAGAGAGUGGGAAGUCAGCUGUUGAAAGCAGAGGAGAAUGAAAGUGAAGAAGAAAUGGUAGCCAGCUUUGGUAACCUUGCAGUUCUGAAAGCUGGAUUAAAUGUAGCAACAGGACCUUGUAAGAAGGUUGACUGCUUCAAGACACCACAGCUGAUAGAAAUUCACAUCAAAUGCCUGAGGGGAGUCAAAGAUAAGGUCCCUAAAGGCCACUACACCCUCAAAGUUUCUGUUCUCAGCCGCUUAGGUGGUGGCUUGCUGGAGUGGCCCAAAAUGAAGGAGCAGCCUCAGGCCAGGACAACGCUGCCUGUUAGUCACGAUGGAAACUUCUACAACACUGAAAUCUACUUCGAACAAAGUAUCCAGACAGUUUUACCACCUACAAAAGCUGUGAAGCCAGGCAUGAUCCUCCUCUUUGAACUCUUCCUUCUUCGUGGGACACAUACUUGGAUUGAUCGAGAAGUGGGAUGGGGAGUUUUUCCUGUGUGUGACAACAAUUUUAAUACUUUGGAGGGAAAAUUUAAGUGUCCCUUCCUUAGAGGCCAUUACGACUCCAAAGUUGACCGAUUCAAGAAAAUUGAAAAUUUAAUUUCUCAAGACUUGGAUCACUGGUUAUGCAAUCUCUAUUUCCAGAUAAUUAAACUACCACAGGAUUCAGAUGAGCAAAGUAAGUGUGGUAUGCAUCUUAAUCUCCCACCUGAAGAUGUUAUAUAUUCAAGCACUGCUAAAAAGAAUGGUGUCUCAGAGAAUGUUGAUCAGUCUGGACUGCAAGGGCAACCUCUGACCUCCUCGAAAGAUCCUGACACCCAUAAGGGAAGUAUUCCCACUGUUGUAAAGGAAGUGGAAAACCAGUUUAAUGCUGUGAAAGGAGGAGAAACGUGUGUGUUAGAAGAAGCAGGGAGGAAAAGCGAAGAGCUUAAAAAGCUUCCAGCAGAAAAUCAUUUUUACCAAGAUUGCCAUGGCUGUGCAGACAAGUUUUGCGUGAGGGAAGGCCAAGUAGGACAUCACAAGAUCAACUGGAAUAACUCACCUGACCAAUGUUAUCAAGAAAAGUCAGAUCCUAGGAACAGAGGAAGCACAGAAGAAGGGAAAGCGUCUGCAGAGACCAAUUUUUACUUGGAGGAGUUAGAGAAAUAUACUUUUUCUGUGUGGUAAGUAAU